AUGUCUUCUUCCAAAUAUCUUGAAGCAUUUGAUAAAUAUAGUCAUUAUGUUGAUGAUCAAAUAAUAAAAAAUGAAUCACAUAUCAUGAAUAUGUCAUAUGAUGAAUUUAAAACUUUAUUAGAAAAUGAUAAAAAAAAUAUCUUGGAUUAUUGUGAGUUUGGAAAAUAUGAAAAAAUAAUCAAUGCAAAUAAAUUAUUUAAAAAUAACAUUAAUAUAUUACAUACAAUACGAAAAAAUAUAUGUGAUAUAUUAAAAAAAGAAUUACCUGAUAAAGAAAAUUUUAUUAUUGAUAUCAUUGAAAAUAAUAAAAAUCCAAAUUUAUUAAUGUAUAAAGGAUUUGUUUAUAAUUUUUUAAGAGAUGAUAAUAUAAUAAAUGAAUUGAAUGAUAAAAAACUUGUUGAUUUGGAAAAAAAACGAUUGGAUUCUUUAAAAAAAACUUCAAUAAUAAAUUGGUUUGAAUGGUGGAGAUAUUUAUUAUCAAUUUAUCCUGAAUUAAAUAUUAUCAACAUUUAUUGGAUAUUUGAAAAGAUAGCAAAACGUAAAAUUCAACUACAAGACUAUUGUGGAAUUGAAUUUUUAAUAGAUGAUUUCUUAACUGAUAAUAGAUUUGAAAAUUUUAUGAAAGGUGGAAUUUAUGAACCAUUUUUUUGGAAUACAUUGGAUAUUUCUAAUGAUGAUAAAAAAAUUAUUGCCAAUAAUUGGAUUAAAAAUAUGGAUAAAUUAAUAAAAUUGGAAAAAAAUACAGAUAUGAAUCAAUAUAUUGAUAGAUUAUUAUCAAUAUCUGAAAAUAUAAAAAAUGAUCAAUUUAUUAAAUCAGAUUCUACAAAUUUUUUUACAUAUCAUUUUAAUAAUGAUAUAGAAAAACGAAAAAAUUAUAUCGAUGAUGAUGGACCCAUUAAAACUUUAAUUGAAACAACAAAUAUUUCGAAUGAUGCUAAAAAUAAAUUUGAAAAAAGAAGAUUAGAAAUACUAUAUGGAAAACCAAUAUCAUCUGAUCCCUUAGAUGAAUUUGAAUUAAAUAUAUUCAAUAAUCUAAAAAAAGAAAUUGAAAAUGUUGAUUUAAUUAAUAUAUCAAAAUUGGAAAAUAUAAAUAUAAAAAUUCUUAAUUCAAAUUUAUCUGAAGAAAAUAUUGAUAAAUUGCAAAAUUUGAGUAAUGAUAAAUAUAAAAAAUUAGUAAAAGAACAAUAUGAUAUAUUUAUUAAUAAUAUAUCUGAAGCAAAUUCUUUAGAAAAUGUUAAUGAACUAUUUGAUUUAGUAAUUAACAAUAAGCUUUUAUCAGAUAUACAAAAAAAUCUUUUAACAUCUGAAUUACAAAAAAAAGAAAUUAAUGUACAACAAAAUUCUCAAUUUUUAUUCUUACAAAAAAUAAUAUUGGAAGAAAUUGACAUAGAUAAAUUAGAACAUGGAAUAAAAAAUGGAAUUAUUGAUUCCUCUUUAAAUGAAUCGGAUAAAAUAUUAUUAGAAAAAAUUCGAAUAAAAAGAAUUAAUGAACUCAAAGAAAAUCAUGAAAUUAUUACAUUCGAUAAAUUAAAAGAAGAAAUUAAUAAUAUUAAUUUAUUAUCUGUUAAUGAAAUACUUAAACAUGGUAAUUUAUAUCAUAAAAUUUCUAAUCCAAAUUUGUCUAUGGAUGAAAUUGUGGAAUUAGAAACUCUAAAAAAUAAAAAAAUAGAUAAAUUAAUUACUGAACAAUUUAUUAUAUUUGAAAAUCAACUAAACACAUUGGAUAAUAUUGAUGAAUUACAUAACUUAAAUACUGAAGUAUAUGAUAAUAAAUUAUUACCAAAUGAUAAAAAAGAAAUUAUUUUAAAUUACAUUGAAGAAAAAUUAAAAAUCAUAUCUGGAAAAGACAAUUUAGAAAGGGAAAACAAUGAAAAAUACGAUAAAAUAAUAAAAAAUAUCGAUAAAUUUCCAACACCAGAAAUACUUGAUAAAUUCUUUAAUGAAAAUAUAAAUUCUUUAAAUGAAAAUUAUUUAACUGAUAAUAGAAGAAUAAUUACAUUGAAUAACAUUUAUAAUUUGAAAAAAAAUUCAUUAAUAGAAGAAUUUACAAAAAAAGAAAAUUUAAAAUACGAAUCUUUAAUUGAUAAUAUCAAUAAUUGUAAUGAGCCAUAUUUAUUAAUUGAUGAAUAUUACAAUGAUAUAUAUCGAAAUAUUGAAGAAUUAGAUGAAAAAUAUCUUUUAACUGAAAACACUAAAGAAAAAUUACAUAAUCUUAAAAAGGAAAGAAAAAAUAUAUUAGAAAAUGAAAAUAUAUAA